UUCAUUUCGUUUGGGUUCUUGCCAAAAGUCCUCUAGUUAUGGGUUUGCUCCCUGCAAACUGUCAUGUAAAUGGAAUUGGAACUCACUCACCAUGGCCAAUGUCUGCUUUCAUGGGUAGGAAGUUAAUUGGCCUCCAUGACAAGCAGAAGAUUUUACCUACCACAUUUUUCUGUGGCCUUGGAGGUAAAAUAAAGGCUUUUGCAAGUCGCAACUCUGUGAAGAAAUUGAGAAAAGACAGACAAGCACGUAAAAAUUUAACUUUACAAACUAAUAAGAUUGCACCCAAUGAAGAUAAUGGGCUGGAAGAUAGGUUUCCAUCAGAAGAUGAUAGUGUUCCAGAUAACAAGAAGGUGUCCCCUAUUGAUAAUUUGGCUGCACAAGGCUCAAUCACCAUCCCUUCCAGGGGUGCUGUGCUUCAGGCUUGCACUGUCACUUCUGGGUUGAUAGCUGCUUUGGGUAUAAUCAUUCGACAGGUGUCUCAUACUGCAUCAAUUGAAGGAUUGCCAAUUCUUGAUUGCUCUAUGGAAGUAUCAUUUGGCUUUGAGAUGUGGCAUCUUGAGUUAAUAGCAGGAUUGGUUAUAAUGGUAUCAUCAUGCCGAUUCUUACUACUGAAAACAUGGCCAGAUUUUGCUGAGUCUAGUGAAGCAGCUAAUCAGCAGGUCCUUUCUUCACUACAACCUUUGGAUUACAUGGUUGUAGCAUUUCUUCCAGGGAUUAGUGAGGAGCUCCUUUUCCGUGGUGCAUUGCUACCACUUUUUGGAGUUAAUUGGAAGAGCGUAUUUGUGGUUGCUGCCAUUUUUGGUGUUCUUCACUUGGGCGGUGGCAGAAAAUAUUCUUUUGCAAUCUGGGCAACAUUUGUCGGGGUUUUGUAUGGCUAUGCAACAAUUGCAUCCUACCUCAUUGUGCCAAUGGCUUCUCAUGCCAUCAACAAUCUGAUAGGAGGGAUAUCAUGGCGGUACACAUCAAAAUCAUUGGAAUAGAAGAUGUCAGAUGGUUUCAAUCUACUCAUCUACUUCCAAGUUUGUACCACUUUGACCUUCGAAAACAACGGGUGACAAAAGCUUAGCCUGGACCAUAUACACAAUGUACAUUAUUCUUGUCUCCAAUUACACUUAAUACAUGUAUAACCAUUUUUCUGCCCAAAAUCUGAUAUGCAACUAUAGAUUCGGAACAUGCUUGAUGAGCAAUUUCUAGUACCAUCCAUCAGUGUCAACACUGUUCAUGGCUUGUCGCCAUAGUUUUGCUUAUUGCUACACUAACGAUAUUGGAUGUUUUCUUGUA